CCACUGUGCGGACAGAGUGUGCCAAUGUGCUCCACUGUGAAAACAAAGCACAAAUCAUAAAGCAGAAAUAUAGUAUUCAAAUAACUCAAAAGUUUUACUGUCUCUCGCAUUGCGACGCGUGCCGCGAUUGCAGCAACAGCAACAGCCACAACUUUGACUGCAACUGCAACUGCAACGGCAGCAACUUUUUUUACUGUUUACUGUCUGGCAAUUAUUAGCGUUUGCAUUGCAUAAAAAAGAGCGACAAGCGACCACGCCCCCCCUUGGAGCCAUGGCCUGCCGCCCAUACACGCCCUAUGUGCUGGCCAGCAUCGCAUUGUUGUUGUCCCUCGGUCUGAUUCUCUUUGCCAUCUUCAUGGAGCGUCACUCGGAGCCAAAGAAUCAAAUGAAGAUGCAACAAGUUCAAAAUGUGAAUUGGAAUUGGGAUUAUGCAGAGCUUGAAGAUGUUUUGCCCACCGAAGCGAGUUUGCCACAGUCCGAAGAUGUGUUCAACGCUUUUGCCAGAGCUUUGUUGCUCGUUGCCACCACACCAGCAACCACAACAACAACAGCAACUCAAUCAUCAUCGUUGGAUUCAUUGACCACCGAAUUGGCUUCCGGGUCAACCGGAAUCCCGCCCCCAGCUGAGGAGACGACGGCCUGGAAAACAUUGACCUCGCAUCCCAAUUCGUUGGUGCAAUUGCUGCCAUCGAGGGCCAUGCGAGUGGUGCAGGAGGUGGUGAGAUCGCUGCGGAAGGAGCGCGAAAUUGUGGCGAGCACAACGCUGGGCAAGGUGCGAGGCAGAUAUCUGAAGUAUCGCUCAGGUGAACGAGGCGGUUACUACAGCUUCAAGGGCAUGCGAUACGGAGCGGCGCCAAUCGGAGCCAGAAGAUUCCGCGCUGCGGAGCCAGAGAAACCUUGGACGGGUGUGAGAGAUGCUUCAAGAGAGGGUCAAAGUUGUCCGCACAAGAACAUGAUACUUGACACGUUCAAGGGAGACGAAGAUUGUCUGUUCCUCAACGUGUUCACUACAAGAAUGCCCAAGGAGGAUGAAUCCCAAGUCAAGCUGCCUGUCAUGGUCUGGCUUCACGGAGGCGGCUUCUCCUUUGGCUCUGGCAACUCCUUCCUCUAUGGUCCUGAUUAUCUGGUAGCAGAAGACAUCGUUCUCGUCACACUCAACUACAGACUUGGUCCUCUUGGCUUUCUCACUGCUGGACCCGAUGCGCCUGGUAAUCAGGGAUUGAAGGAUCAAAUUCUCGCACUCAAGUGGGUUAGGGAUAACAUUGAGGCCUUCGGUGGCGAUCCAAAUCAAGUGACCAUCUUUGGCGAAUCAGCGGGCGCCUCUUCAGUUCAGUUCCUCCUACUCUCUCCAUUAGCCAAAGGACUCUUUCAUCGCGCCAUCUCACAGAGCGGCUCCGCCUUGAAUCCCUGGUCCAUGGCAGCCAGUUCAAGUCAGAGAGCAGCUCGUCUGGCUGCCAAUCUGGGCUACGUGGGUGCCAACAACACUGAGGAGAUCUUGGACUUUUUGCGUCGAGUGCCUGCCAUGAAACUGGUUGAAGCAGCGCCCACAACGCUGACAGCUGAAGAUCAGCGCAACAACAUCGGAUUGCCUUUUGUGCCUGUAGUCGAGGGAUAUUGGAACCAGGACUCACAGGAGGAGAACUACCUGGAGGAGCCCUUCCUUACGCAGCAUCCCAGCGACAUGUACGAGGAGCACAACUUCAACAGCGAUGUGCCUUACAUGACAGGCUACAACACACACGAAGCGAUGCUCUUCAUUCGAAGAUUGCGUAAGAAUCCACAGCUGUUGGGCAUCAUUGAGAAUGACUUUGGUCGCCUCGUGCCUCACGAUUUGAAUGUCACGCACGUGCACGACAGAGUCACGCGUGAGAUACGCUCCUUCUACUUGGGCAACAAGCACGUGGGUCUCGAGUCCGUGGACGAGAUGAUAGCGCUCCUCACUGAUUUGAUGUUCCUGCAAGGCAUUCGACGCACAGCUCGCAAUCAUGCCAAGUUCGGCAAUGCGCCUGUUUAUAUGUAUCGCUUCUCCUUCGAUGGAGCUUUGGGAUUAUACAAGCGCAUGUUGGGCAUCCCUAGGCCAGGUGUUUGCCAUGGCGAUGAGAUGGGUUACUUGUUCAAGUUUGGCUUCUUCAAUCUCAGCUUGGAUCCCAAGUCAAUGGAGGUGCAAGUGAAGAAUCGCAUGGUGCGCAUGUGGACAAACUUUGCCAAAUAUGGCACUCCCACGCCGAACUUUGACGAUCCCAUACUGAACACCAAGUGGACGCCUAUCGAUGCUACGAAUGUGAUGAACAGUCUCAACUAUUUGGACAUCUCGCAUGAGAUCAACAUGAAGACAAAUCCAGAGCCAGAACGUCAGAGAUUCUGGGAUGAGAUGUAUCAGCAUUACAACGGUGCGGCCAUGUGAAGUUGCCACACACGUUUAUCACCAUCUCCACACACACACACAUUCACACACUCACACACACGAUUUUGCCAUUUUGUCAGAGAGUGAGCAGAAGAAUAUUUAAUGCAAAUAUCAUUGUAAAAUUAUCGUAGUUUGUAGCCAAUUAGUUUGUUAGUCCAAUUAGUGUUUAGCUUGUACAUAAGUGUUGCAGCAUUUAUAAACAUUUACACACACACACACUCCACAUAUACACACAUAAACAUGUAGUCUAAGCAAUUGUACUUAUAGCGUACCCAAAGCCAACAAAUCUUUUCCUUACUUCUCAUUGUACAAUAUCAGGUGUAAAUAGUCAAAAGGCUUUUCUUCAAAGUGUCCAACAUUCAAUUCGAGAUCUGAUUGAAUUCUGAUCCGACCCACAAUAAAGUUAUUAACGUGAUUGCCCAUAACACACGUUUUUUUGUAUCGUA